CCGUAGCUUUCAUUCACUGGCAGGUCCACGGAGGACAGAGACGAGGAGAGAACUGAGUUUCCAAUAAUUGCCACAAUGAAAACACGGCUAAGGCUUUUCAUAUAUCUGCAGUGUUUCCUUAUUGGGGGUUUAGUUGACUCCUCUGCUCUGCCCUCUGGCGUCCGCCCCAUCUCCGUCACGUCCAAGGCGGGCAGCCGGGUGGUGCUUCCCUGCAGCUGGAAGCCCCACCGGGCGGAGGUGAGCCCCUCCGCCUGCCACGUCCAGUGGGUGUCGCCGCCGUUCACCGUGUUCGAGCAGCGGAGCGAGGACAAGUGGCAGGCCAAGGAGUUCGACGGGCGGCUGGAGGUUCCCGAGGAGACGCUCGGCUCUGGGAACUGCUCCCUGAUCAUCAAGGACGUCCAGAUCAGAGACACGGGGAGCUACGAGAGCUUCAUGGUGGUGGACGGUGCCAGGUCCGGGAAGACUCGUGUCUUACUUCAGAGCGUCAGGCUCUCUGUGACCGACAACAAAUCCUGGGUUUCACAUCCUCCAGGUCAAGACUUGGUUUUAGAUCUCCACACAUCCCACUCUUUUACAGUGGUCUUCCAGAGCAGGAACAGCUCGGCGUGGCUGGACGUCUGGUCGAGGGGGGGUAAAAACAGCGAGCGCGUGGAGAAACACCCGCUGCACGAGCAGCUGACCAUAAAGACGCUGAAGAGCUCCGAUGAAGGAACGUAUAAAGUUCUGGAUGAAAACGGCUACGCUGUCAGCACCGUGCAGCUCUCUGUAACCGAAAACUCCCCAACAUUGAGAGCUCAUCAAAAACAGGAAAACUUACCAAAAGGUGAUGCAGCUAAAAGCAGCUGCUCGGUUCUUCUCAUUGUUUCUCUUUUUGUUUGGAGUUUGCAAACUCUUCAUCUCCACUGAGAGCUCCUUCUGCAGAAUGCCGAUGUUUUAAGCAACGUGCACUUUAUGAGUAGCCUGUGAUCAUUUUUUUGUGUUUGACUUUGAUUGUAAACGCAGAUAAUAAGUUUGUUUUAUUGUCAGCAAAUCUUUCCCACUUGACUGUUYCUAAAGUCUU